ACGAAAAUUCACUUCAUUUCAUUCAUUUCAUUUUAUUUACCAUUUAUUUGAUUCUGAAAGACUUUUAUUUCAACCGAUCGUGCUCUCCGUUACGGUCUUGUCCCGUCCCAAUAACUUUUUUAUCUUAAUUCUUCGUACAAACUUAUUAUGUCGGUUCAGACAUUGCUUUUAGAUUUUUCAUUAGAACCCGCGCGCUUAGGUGACGAAAACGGCCAGAAAACAGUUUUCGCUCAAUUGGAAACUGUCCUCAAAGAUUACAUCCCGAAUCUUAUUUUAGCCGCUGAAAUUAAUAUAGAAGGCGGGUCCUUGAAACUGUUAACAGGAAAGAGGGGGACGUCAGUUUCUGUAAGAUUAUUUGAUCGUGGCCUUGUCACUGUAAAUAUUGAAUAUUAUAAGGAAGAUCACGAAGAACCAAUAAUAAACUUCAAGUCAGCGAGAGUGUUGGAAAAUCAGCUGAAAAAAUACAUCACCGUCAUAAAGUCGCAGGCGUAUGCUCCGGUAAAGAGAUGCCUGUUCGGCAGGUACUAUCCUACAUCAGAUGAAAGGCUGUUGGAAUACGACAUAGAUGACGUGUUGAUCGACGAACAAUCGCCCUUCCAGAGAGUGCAGAUAGUGCAUUCCAAAUCUCUGGGCAAUAUGCUGGUGCUAGAUGACUUGCAAAAUAUCUCUGAGGCCGACCUAAUUUACACUGAAACAUUAAUGCAAAGAGGUAAAGAGUCGUAUGAAGGAAAAGAAAUCGUCAUUUUAGGUGGCGGUGAUGGUGCUCUCUUGUAUGAGUUGUUGAAGGAAGGGCCGAAAUUCGUUUGGAUGCUGGAAAUUGACGAGAUUGUGAUGAAUGCGUGUAACAAACACCUCAAGUCGAUAUGUGGAGACGUACUGGAGCGAAGAAAAGGUCCCAACUACGAAAUAAUCGUUGAAGACUGUAUGUUGACUGUUAACAAGUUCAUAAAAGAUAAUAAAAAGGUUGACUAUAUAUUCGGUGAUCUAACGGACAUACCUAUAUCGGAGUCCGCUUGCGGUGAACUCUGGGAGUUCAUGAUUACCAUACUUCAAGCCGCUUUCAAGAUUCUCAAGCCGAAUGGAAAGUUCAUGACCCAUGGCAACGGUGCAACAUGUCCGGAAUCUCUAGAGUUGUAUGAACAGGAGUUGGCGAAACUGAAGCCAGCUGUCCGGUUCACAAAGAGUAAAGCGUUCGUGCCAUCGUUCUUCGAGGACUGGGUGUUCUACCAGAUAACGUUCAAAACCGCCGACAACGGAGACGCUUAACAACACACCAACACCAAAGACCGGAAUUGUUCCUUCAAAAGAUUAACAAUUUUUCUAAGUCAUAACAAUGCCAUAUAUCUAGAAAGUAGUUUGAUUUGUUCACUAAGUAAGUCUAUUAUUUUAAGAGAUGGCAACACUGCUUUCUAUAUAGUAUUUCUAAGGUUUCUCAGCACACUUACAUUUUCUAUAUUCUAUAGUUUUAGAUAAGACGCGGGUGCUAAUUAGCCUGAAAGACAUUUUGAAGGGAGCUAAAAUGUCUAAUGAUAACGAUAUUGUCUUUAUAAAGGCAUUUUUAAAUAUUAAGAUGUUUUUGAUAAGUGAUGAUUGUAAGAUUAAUAGUAAGUUUAGAUUCAUUUUCUCAGUAUUUGAUAUAGUUGAAAGUUUACUGUUACAUUUUCUAUUAGUUUGUGCUUGUUUCUUUAAUUGU